AUGACAUUGUUGGAAACGGUUGUCAUCAACAUCAUCGACGAUCACGGUAAAAUGCACAAGGCCCGAGCUCUCCUCGAUUCGGCAUCGAUGUCGAACUUCAUUUCGAAACCACUGGCUAAGAAUCUCUACAGUCGCCGAUCAACUGUGAACGUGUCCGUUGCAGGCAUCGGAUCAUCCACACAAAAGGUCAGUAGUGCCAUUACCGCAACCAUCGAGUCGGGAGAUCGAACGAUCUCGAUGAAAUUGCAGUUUUUAGUACUGAAGCAGCCGUCAUCGGAGCUUCCAACAACGCCGAUUGAUAUUUCGGCAUGGAAGAUUCCGAAUGUGAAGCUAGCAGAUCCCCAGUUCAGUAUUCCCGGAAGUGUUGAUCUUGUCAUCGGGAGUGAAACUUAUUGGGAACUCCACACGGGACGGAAGAUUUCUCUUGGUGAAGGUCUGCCGUGGGUAGUCGAAACUUCAUUUGGUUGGGCGGUCACUGGUCCCGCAUCUCGCUCGGCUACCUGUAUACCACAUUUCUGCUAUCUAUCUACCGCUGACGAUCGUCUGGAAACUGCUCUACAAAAGUUUUGGGACAUGGAGACGAUUCCAUCCGAGCCAGUUCGAUCUGUAGAAGAAGGUCGAUGUGAGGAGCUGUAUUCGACAACUACUACGCGCGAUUCCAAAGGAAGAUAUAUCGUGCGUCUCCCAAGGGUUGAAGACCCUGAAAAGGUUCUCGGCGAAUCCAGAUCAAUUGCAGAUAGACGAUUUCUGAGCCUGGAACAUCGACUUGAACGAGAUCCCGCAACCAAGGACUCGUAUCAUCGGUUCAUGGAGGAGUAUUUACAACUUGGCCACAGGAAGGAAGUCCCAGAGCCGGUUAAUGACCAAGAUCCACACUGCUACAUUCCGCAUCACGUCGUCUUUAAAGAGUCUAGCACGACCACAAAGGUCAGGGUAGUCUUCGACGCAUCAUGUAAGACUUCAUCAGGCCACUCCUUAAACGAUACCCUGCUUGUUGGACCGGUGGUUCAGCAAGACCUCUACACGAUCUACAUGAGGUUCCGAACGCGACUCAUCGCAUUUGUAGCAGAUGUCGAAAAGAUGUACAGGCAAGUGUUGCAUCAUCCCGACGACCUUCCAUUCCUACGUAUACGAUAUCGCAGACUUCCAUCCGACCCCAUCGCUACAUUCGAAUUACAGACCGUCACAUACGGUACGGCUAGUGCUCCGUACCUGGCAACGAAAACACUCCAGCAGAUUGCCAAGGAUCAUGGAGAAUUGUAUCCUGCUGCAGUUGAUUCUGUUGUAGAAGAUUUUUACGUCGACGAUUUGUUAUCUGGGGCUCCGGACGUAGCAUCUGCCAUAACCCUCCGUCGACAAACCACUACGAACAUACAACACUGGAGGCACAUCGCCGGUUCCGAGAAUCCCGCAGAUGACAUUUCGCGUGGCCUAAAUCCGUCGGAUAUCCUGAAUUCAUCUCGUUGGUGGAAUGGUCCGUCUUGGCUCGAGCACACUUCUGAUCACUGGCCAAAGACCAUCAUCGAUCAAGAAUGUUCCUCCACGGCAUCUGAAGAAGGGCGCAAGGCUCCGAUCGUGGCAAUGGCCACUGCACAAACCAACUUCUGCGAGGAUUUGUUUUCACGUUACUCUCGUUACAGAAAACUACAACGAGUAGUAGCAUACUGCGGUCGCUAUCUGCAGCGAUUGCAGGAUCGGGCACAGCUGCGUCGUUCCGGGUCGGAUUCUCUUACGUUGAACAUGAGCGUCCGAGAUAAAGCAUCGUCCGUUCUACCACUGAACACUGCCGAGCUACAAUACGCCGAACAACUACUCUGCCGCUUAGCACAGUGCGAUAGUUUCGCUGAGGAGCUGUCAGAUCUCUCAAACGGCGACCGUGUCGCCAAAUCAUUAGCACUGAAAUGGUUAACACCGUUCGUAGAUGAAGCUGGUACCCUCCGCGUUGGUGGUCGUCUACGUAAUGCCACGCUGUCCGACGUGAUCAAAUAUCCAAUCGCGUUGUCCGCCAAACAUCCGCUAGCUACUCUGCUGGCUAGCAGUUACCACGUAAGACUACUGCACGCAGGUCCACAACUCCUGUUAGCCACUCUUCGCCAGAAGUUCUGGAUCCUCGGCGGUAGAAAUCUUGUCAAGUCCGUUUACCACCAAUGCCACACUUGUUUUCGAUCCAAGCCCACUCUAGUCCAGCAGAGCACAGCCGUUCUGCCGGUAUCGCGAGUUUCGCCGACGCGUCCGUUUUCCGUGUGCGGUGUCGAUUAUUGUGGACCAUUCUACGUAAAGUCUGCAAUUCGAAAGCGUGGCCCCACCAAAGUGUACGUGGCAAUUUUCGUCUGCUUCUCAACCAGGGCUGUCCAUAUUGAGCUGGUUAGCGACUUAACAACCACUGCUUUUCUAGCUGCACUCCGUCGCCUAGUCGCCCGUCGAGGAAAGGUCGUCGAACUCCAUUCCGACAAUGCAACUACCUUCAAAGGUGCUUCGCAUGCUCUUAACAGGAUCUACCGCAUGCUGAAGGUCGAAACUUCCGAUCGUGAACAAAUUUUCGACUGGUGUUCAUGCAACGAAAUCUCGUGGAAGUUCAUUCCGCCCCGAGCACCACACUUCGGAGGUCUCUGGGAGGCCGCAGUCAAAUCGGCGAAGACACACCUUCUGAAGGCGAUCGGUAAUGUCAAUAUAGCUUAUGAAGAUCUUCUGACCUUAUUGGCGCAAGUCGAGAUGUGUCUUAACUCUCGACCCCUCACACCAAUUCCGGAGGACCCCACCGACCUUGACGUCUUGACUCCAGGACACUUCCUAGUUGGAAGUAAUCUUCAAGCGGUUCCUGAUUUGAAUUGGAAGGAGACAUCGGAUAAUCGCUUGAAUCACUGGGAAUUGACCCAGAAGCGUGUGCAGCAAAUCUGGUCCCGUUGGUAUCCGGAAUACUUACAACAGUUACAAUCCCGUGCAUCCAAGGGUUGCAAUCCACCUGUCACCAUUGAUGUCGGUGUCAUCGUCAUCAUCAAGGAAGACAACGUUCCACCUGCAAACUGGCCGCUGGGGAAAAUCGUGAAGCUUCAUCCUGGAAAAGAUGGCGUCGUCCGAGUGGUGACUCUCCGCACAGCCUCAUCUAAAGAAGUCCAAAAUGGUCCCCCGCUGUUUACUCCGAUGAAGGACGUCGCCAAGCUUAGGGCAAAACUCAAAUUGUUCCCGCGAUUCAAGAUCUGUAUCGCAGGAACAAAGAUCAUGUGCUCCAGCCUACAGCAGUACAAGUCGGUCGGACUGAAGAAUAGUACGGUGGAGUUUUACACCCACGAUUUGCCUUCGGUGAAACCAUUGAAGGUUGUUUUACGGGGACUGCCGUCGUACGAAGCGGCUGCCGUGAAAGAUGAACUAGUGAGGCUCAGAUGA